AUGAAGCUCGAAAGUAAGACAAUUUCUGUAAAAUAUGAUAAAGAGACUUUUGGAAUGUGGCUAAAGCAUCCCAAGAACAGCAUCAUGAAGUCCGUGGUAUGUAGUCUAUUGGAGCAGUUGAGUAUGGAAUUGUGUAUCUUAGAUUUCUGUGUAAAGGUAAUUUUGGCAGUGCUGGGAGUGUGCUCCGCCUCCACCUGGCAGGCCAACUACGGAGGCUACGGCGUGUACGGCGCUCCUUACCAGCCGAAGUGGACCGGACCCGUGGCAGCCACCGUCCCGGCGGGCGUCGACGGUACCAUCACCCCGGUAUCCGAUACGUACGAGGUGAGCGCCGCGCGUAAUGCCUUCUUCAAGGCAUACAACGCCCAACUGGCUGCCGUGGGCGCGUACCGUUACCCCCUCUAUUACCCAACUACCCCAACUGUGUACCUCAAUUCAGCAUCGCCCGCCGCCCACCACUCCGUCCUCACCUACAGCGCUGCACCCGCUCCGGUUCGUGACACGCCCGCCGUGGCCGCCGCCAAGGCUGAUUUCUUCCGCCUGUACAACCUGCAGGCGGCAGCAGCAGCCGCGGCUCCAGACUAUGAUGCCCCUCGCUACUAUUAUUGAGAUGGUGCACAGUCCAUUUUGAGAGCAGUCAAUAAAGAUGAAUGACAAGA